GGGCGCGUUUUCAGGAGGAGGCGCUGCUACUGAGAGAGAAAGAGAAAGAAGUGAAGCCAGGGCGCUCAGCACAGCCAGCAUGGCGAGCCAAAGGGACUCCACACACACUAAAACACGGAUUAACGUGCUUCUGCGACUCCUGCAGCUUUUCCUGCCGUACAUUCAACACGGAGGAGCUCAGUUUCAAGCUCUGACUCAGAUGUCCGGUGUGGUUGAAGUUUGGCAGGCUGAGGACGCAGAUUUCUUCAUGCCAUCGCAGGCGGAGGAGCAGCACAGUGAUAAUGUUCCUCGAGAGGAGAGCUCCUCGUUUUAUGUGCAGGAGAGUCGGAGACCGCUCCAGUUUCAGCCGGCCACGCUGGACUUCGGACAACAGCCGGUGGGGCUGCCGAGAGCCGAAACUGUAAAUAUCCACAACCCCAGCCCGGAGCUCCCAGUCUCUCUGCUCUCUGUGUUUACAUCCAGCAGACAUUUUCACAUGCCUUCCUUCCACAGAAGGGUGAUCCCACCCAGAGGGAGAACAUCUUUUAAAAUAAUUUUCCUCCCCACAGUGGAGGGCAAUGAAGAAAUCACUUUAUUUAUUAACACAUCAACCCAUGGGCUGAUAUCAUACCAGGUUUUUGGGGUCGGUGUCCAUGGGGGGUCAGUCAAGGACGUCCAUAGAAAAGACAGCGUUCUGUUAUUCCCCCACAUACAGAGCAUUAAUCUAACACAAACUCAGGAAGAUGCUUCUAAUAUAACAAUUUUAGGUCUGCUGCUUGAUUGCAGUUUACCAAAAAUGUUCUACGGUCAGCCCCAGGGUUGGUGUUUAGUAUCCGAGGAGGGCAGGUUUGUGCUUCGGAUCAGUCUUUCUGAAAGAGGAGACAAACACCUGGACAAACUCAAGCCGUACGUGCUGGAGAACAUUGUGGUGCUUCUGGUCCUCCCUCCACCAGAAGAUGCUGCCGCAGAUCCCAGGACAGGAGUGUUCGUGUUGAACUCGGGGGUCAAACAGCUCUUUGUGAAGGAGAUCCAGCUCUUGUCCAGAACAGACAGCAGUGUUGAGCUGACUGAAGUGCUGCUCAAGCCUUCCGCUGUGAAUUUCACUCGAGUGGCUUCGCUCUUCUGUAGACGCUCUUUGUCGGCUAAAAGUAAAAGAUGUCCGAGUCAGGUCGGCUUAGAGAUUUUAGCAAACAGAACGGUGAAUUUCUAUCCACUGCUGGAAAGCACACACAGACGGUUCGGCUCUGAGCUGAGUUCUUUAGUUCAGGUGCGUCAGAAGCAGCGGGGCUCGGAGCAGCUCGAGCUCUGGAUGUUUAACCCCUUCUCCACCAGCUUCAGAGUCACUAGCGUCUCGCUGUCCCAGCACAGACUCUUUAAGUUUGUAAAUUUGACAAAGUCCCUGGAAGUGAGGCCUGGGAGCUGGAAGCUUCUGUCUCUUCAGCUGCUCAGCCAGACUUUACCCACAAUCCUCAGAAGCACAGUGACUCUGAGAACCAGUGUGGGGACUGCACUGGAGCUUCACCUCCAGACAUACUCUUCUUCCUCAAAGCAGGGAGAUGUUAUGUUUGAGUCUGCUGAGGAGUGUGAACGUCUCUGUCCUCUCCGCUUGUCCAGAGCAGGACAUGUUGAGUGGCAGCAAACCCUUCUCCCAGAAUCCUCCUCAUCUCUCUGGAGAGUGGACAGCAGUCUGGCCGCUGCGCUCUGUAGCCGUUGGCAUUGCAGCAAAGAGCUUUCCUGCAGGUGGCCCAGACUUCCUGUAAACCACUCUUCACCGCUGGACUUCGGGGCCACACCUGUCAAUGACAGCAAGGUAAAGAAUUUCACUCUGAAGAACCCGACGGCUUCGGUGGUUUCUGUGGAAAUCCGAACCCUCUCCUCAUACCCGGUGCCGCUCGAAGCCCUCGACCUGCUGACCAAAUGGUUUAAUAUUAGCCCUCUUUCUGUGAACAUCACUACAGCAGAGUUUCUUCUGUCGGCUGCUAACCAUAAGGGCGGUGUGUUGAGGUUCCUCCUCCGGCCGUGGGAGUCGAGGACGGUUUCGGUGGUGUACCAACCCACAGAACACAAGCAUGUCACUUCACUGCUCCUCAUCAGGAACAACCUGACUGUGUUUGACAUGGUUCUGGUUAAAGGCUUCGGGGCAAAGGAGCUCCUGCGAGUGGGAGGGAAGCUCCCCGGUCCUGCAGCCUCACUGCGCUUCAACGUGCCCCAGUCCACCCUCAUGGAGUGCAGAGACGGUUUACAAUCAAGUAAGCCCUUGUUUUCCAUCCAGAAGAGCUUUAAGGUGGAGAAUGCAGGCGAGCUGCCGUUGACUGUAGUGUCCGUGAGCAUUAAUGGAUAUAAAUGUCAAGGUUAUGGCUUUGAGGUGCAAGAAUGCAGGUCUUUCCAAGUGGACUACAACUCGUCCUCAGAAAUCACCAUCGCAUUCACUCCAGACUUCACCUCUUCGUGGGUGAUCAGAGACUUGACUCUGGUGACAGAACGAGGCUCCUUUUUCCACUUCACCCUCAACGUGACUCUUCCUCACCACAUGCUGCCUCUGUGUGCUCAGGUGGUCCCGGGGCCCAGCUGGGAGCAGCCCUUCUGGAUCAUCACACUGGUCUUCACCUGUUCCUCUCUAGCUGCUGUUUGUCUGAUGGCUUUCCGUCAAGCUCAGCACAUUCUGAGCGAGUUCUCCACACCGAGUCCACGUAGCAAUCACAACUCCGUACCUCGUGAAAAUAGCAGCGUCAGCCACAGCUCCUCAAACGGGGUCAGUAGAGGAAAAGGCAGCUGUAAGAGCUACACUGACACGAGCCAGCCGUCUGAUAAAGGCAAAGGGAGGGGAUCUCCAGCUGUGGCCAACGGGACGAUUCGGACGCAGUCCUCAUCCAAGAAGAGUUCAGGAGCGUCUUCCCAGCCUCCAAAGAAGCAAACGAAGGUGUCGUUCCUUUACGGUCGAUAUAAGAACAGCCCCGCGUCUGCUGCUGCUGGCGUUUCUGCCGCCUCGGACUGCUGCAGUCCUCCCACCGACGAAGAUCGAGAGCGCAGCUUUGAGUCGGACCCAGAAGUUUGUCAUAACAAUAACAACGACAUAUUAGACGAAAGCCUUCUCCCCGCCGAGAAGAAAAAGCACUUUAGAGAGUCCAGAGUGGACGAGGCAGUGCCAGCUGAUAUGUUUCCUAUGGAAACCCUUCCGGAAAGCAUCAUAGCAAGCAGAGUCCCUCAGCCUGAGGAUGAAGCAGAGGAAAACCAGGAGUGUAAAAGAAAAAAUCAUGCAGAAACAAGAGAUGAUGUAGAUGAAGAGAAGACAGAGAGAGUCAGCAGUCUGAAGAAGAGACCGGAGGAAGAUGCAGAACUCGGAGUGUCAGCUUCCAGCAUCAAAGCCAAGAGAAACACGGGCAGGAGUCGCAGGAAGGCUCCGGAGCUCAUUCCUGGGCUUCCUGAAAACAGCGUCGUCAUGGUAACAGAGAGUGAGAGAGAAUCUCAGCAUAAUGCUGCUCGAACCCGCAACACGGAGCCUGAACCAACUGAAGCAGGAGCCGAUCCAGACAGCCCUGUCAAACACAGCGGUACGUGUUUGAGCAGACCGAGGCGUAAAUGUCCGGAGCGCCGUCUUCAGUGGGAGUCGGGCUCUGAUUCUAGCAGUUCAUCAGGCAGUGUGAGAGCCAGCCGAGGGUCCUGGGGCAGCUGGAGCAGCGCUAGCAGUGUGGAGGGAGAGAAGGACCCCAACAGACAUCCCUGCAGGAGAGACAACAACCAGUACCACCCGUAUCCAAAAGACCGGGAAUGUUACAGGAACUAUUCCUACAAAACUCAAAGCAUGAACAAUCUGUGUGUCAGGGAAGCGUGCCAGGGCCCAGACGUGUGUCCUGCGCCGGCUCUCGAUGUAGCCGCAUGUGUGGACAAAAGCAUCGACACAGUCGGCUGUAAUGUGAUUGAAGAGACGUGGUCACCCGCCUCGGUUCCUCUGACCAAUGAAUUCAGGUACAACAUGAGCGAAUCCCUCCCGUUCGUCCCCCAGAGUCCCUCAUCGGGAUACCACAGCUUCCCCUGGAACAACACGAACAGCCAGCAUGCGAGUCCUUAUCCCUACAGAGAUCAGACCAACUACAUGCCGACAGGUAACGGCAAUUACCAAAAUGCAUUCUCAUGCCAUGAAAGCCAAAGCGUGACGCACAGCCAUCAGCCGGUCUGGGGUGAGAACACCACCCAAAACAUCAACUCCACCUGGGACACCAGCAAGCCAUACUUUUCAGGAACCAGAAGUCUGUCACCCAUGUCCAGUCUGUUUGGCUCGAUCUGGACUCCUCAAAGCGAGCCUCACCAGAGUCACUUCCGCUCGGAGCGGACCGUGCAUGUCUCGCCCGUCGCACCCUUCAGCCGCGAACCGGGCGGCGCCUGCCAGAGAAAACAGUACUCCAGCUUCAAUCCCUUUGGACCACACAUGCAUUUUGACAUAUGGAACUCCUCCUCAAACCGGAGCUCCAACUCCCAGCUCUCCAGCGAUUCAGGCUACUGCGGGGAGAUGUGAGGAAACCAGGAAGAAGAGAAUGUGCUUUUAUCUGUAACGGGGGAAAAUGUGAAUAUUCUUCUUUCUUUUAUGUUCGUUGUUGUGCUAAGUUUCUGGAUUUUGUUGUAUAUUUUUCUAGACGUUUUGCAAGUUUGACCUUUGAAAAUAAAAAAAAAAGUUUUGUACUUGA